ACUUUUUGACGCGUCGCGUUAAGGCUGUGCUGAUACAGAAUGUGUUAUUGAAACAUCGCCGCACUUUGUGCACUAUCUCACAGGGUAGUUUCUGGUUGCUUGGCUUCCGGCUUCAGAGCAGAUGUUGGAGGAGGACCGUAGCCCCGGUGCCAGCUCGCCUCAACCUCCUGAUGGUGCAUGUUUCAGCCCAAAGAGCAUACCAGCAGAGUGUCAGAAUGCUCCUGAAUCAGGUAAAAAUGGGAACAGUGAGCACACACGGCAGGAGCCUACGUGUCACUCCGGAAAUAAAACAGAUGUUAGAGACAACGGCAACAACAACAACAGCCUAUCCAGCAUGGACAUCACACCUAGCAAAAGCAUCACAUGUCAGCCUCAGGCCAGGUCCACGCCCUUACACAAGUCAUUAACCGGCAUGUCGGAGACCGGAGUGCUUCUGAAAAAUGGAAACAAGUCUAUUAAACACCACGUGCACGGCGGGGGCGUCAAGAACGGCGCGCCACUGUUGCGGGCAGGGUCUUCGACGUCCUCGUCGUCCUCUUUGCACCAUAAGCAACCCAAGAAGCUGCAUUCGAACCCAUCGAUCAACAGCCAGAGCAGCAAGAGGAGUAAAGGAAGCUCCAAGUCUAACAGCUCGCAGAUUCCUACAGAAGCACAAGAAGACUGCUGCGUCCACUGCAUCCUUGCCUGCCUGUUCUGCGAGUUCCUGAUGCUGUGCAACAUCGUGCUGGACUGCGCCACGUGCGGCUCGUGUUCCUCGGACAACUCGUGCUUCUGCUGCUGCUGCGGUUCGGAGGAAUGUGGCGACUGCGAGCUGCCGUGCGACAUGGACUGUGGGAUCAUCGACGCCUGCUGCGAGUCGGCCGACUGCCUGGAGAUCUGCAUGGAGUGUUGCGGGCUGUGCUUCUCGUCCUGAGGCUCCCCUAGGGGGCGCCGCAUCGUACUCCUGGGACUCCAUGAUUCGGAGAUGGGGAUCGAAGGGAUUUUAUGAGGGAGAUAAAAGCACAAGGAAGUUGCAGGUGCUGGAAUCGAGGGUCGUUUUAUCAUUGAGGAACUGGAAAAAUGCUAUAAAUGCACUCCGAAUUCGUGUUCUGUCUUCAGUGUUGAUUUUUUUUUGGUAUUACUGGGAGUAUAUUUUUGGACUGUGCUUCCAGACUCUUUCAAGGUGAAAGGAAGUAAAGAAAAACUUGGACACAUUAAAAGAAAACCUUGCUUAUUGGUGCAAAAGCUGUAGUCUACUAGACACCUGCACCUGCACAAGUCGAGUUCAAACACUUGACGGGCACUGUGUAUGGAGGGCCACACCCCCAUCGGCAUUAUUCCUCAGCCCUGUGCAGGCGCCAUCAGUCAGCCAGCAGGGGCCGCAGUCGCACCAGUUAUUAGGAUCCGACUUUCUUACUUUCUAACCCUGAACAACAGCCAAUCGUUGUUCAUGCUGCCGCCCAGCCCAGUCGGAAAGGCAGAGCUGAGAUUCGAUACGAUGUAUUCGAAACCCCAACUCUGGUGCGCUAUCGUACUUUACCGCUGCGCCACCUGAGCGGCUACAAAUACAAUCCUUAUGAAAUCAGACGUCAUGAUGCAACGUGUUAUUAUAAUUAAGAGUGGGAGAAUGUUCUUAGCUAGGCUAGGGAUGGACACGGUCACGUCAAUAGUGGGUUUUAAAGAAGCGUAUGUAUUUAUGUAGCUGGAAAGAUGAAUGAGAACCUUGUAGAGUGAAAGAUAUGUUAAAUAAUUAAAGCAAAUAUGA